AUGCUGCUCCCUGCCCUCCUCUUCGGGGUGGCAUGGGCACUGGCUGAUGGGCGGUGGUGUGAGCGGACAGAGACCGUCCUGGUGGAGGAGGAAGUCACCCCCCGUCAGGAGGACCUGGUGCCCUGUGCCAGCCUCCAGCAUUACCAGCGCCGGGGCUGGCAGCUGGACCUGACCUGGAGUGGCCGUGCAGGGCUCUGUGCCAUCUAUAAGCCCCCAGAGACCCGGCCUGCUGCCUGGAACCGGACAGUGAGGGCCUGCUGCCCAGGCUGGGGGGGCAUCCACUGCACCCUAGCCCUUGCAGAGGCCAUCCCCGAGGGCCGCUGCUUUGCCACCUUAAUGUGCAACCUGGAGGCAGGCUCAGUGAACGUGUCUGCAGCAAGCCUGGAGGAGUGCUGUGCCCGGCCUUGGGGACACAGCUGGCGAGAUGGCCUCUCCCAGACCUGCCACCGCUGCGCCAACCACAGACGACCCGGCAGCACGCCCUCCCCAGCCAUCCUGCAGCCCCUAGCGGGGGCCGUGGCCCAACUCUGGAGCCAGCGCCAGCGUCCCUUGGCCACCUGUGCCACCUGGUCCGGCUUCCACUAUCGCACCUUCGACGGACGCCACUUCCACUUCCUGGGCCGCUGCACCUACCUGCUGGCGGGCGCGGCUGAUGCAACCUGGGCCGUCCACCUCCAGCCCCGGGGGCACUGUCCCCAGCCUGGGCACUGUCAGCUGGCCCGAGUAAUGAUGGGACCAGAGGAGGUGCUGAUCCGGGGUGAAAACGUCUCUGUGAACGGGCAGUUGGUACCCGAGGGGGCGUCUCGGCUGCUCCCUGGGCUCAGCCUGCAGUGGCAAGGGGACUGGCUGGUGCUGUCAGGGGGCCUGGGGGUCAUUGUGCGGCUGGACCGGUCCAGUUCUGUCUCCAUUUCUGUGGACCACGAGCUCCAGGGACAGACUCAAGGCCUCUGUGGUGUUUACAAUGGUCGGCCUGAGGAUGACUUCCUAGGGCCAAGCAGGGGACUGGCUGCGUUAGCUGCCACCUUUGGGAAUUCCUGGAGACUCCCAGACUCAGAGCCUGGGUGUCUGGAUGCAGUGGAGGCAACUCAAGGCUGUGAGGACCCCCUGAGGGGCAGAGAGACGGGCAUUGAGGCUGGCCAGCUUCGGGCUGAGGCCCAGGAUGUGUGCCACCAGCUGCUGGAAGGCCCAUUUAGGGAAUGCCACACCCAGGUCCCCCCUGCAGAGUACCACGAAGCCUGCCUCUUUGCCUACUGUGCUGGGGCCCCAGCGGGCAGUGGGCGGGCAGAGCGGCUGGAGGCCGUGUGCGCCACCCUGGCCAGCUAUGCCCAGGACUGUGCGGCGCGGCGCAUCGCCGUGCGCUGGAGGAAGCCCGGCUUCUGCGAGCGCCUGUGUCCGGGGGGCCAGUUGUACUCCGACUGCGCCUCGGCCUGCCCGCCCAGCUGCUCGGCAGUGGGCGAGGGAGGCGAGCGGAGCUGCGGGGAAGAGUGCGUGAGCGGCUGCGAGUGCCCGCCCGGCCUCUUCUGGGACGGCGCCCUGUGCGUGGCCGCCGCCCGCUGCCCCUGCUUCCGCCGACGCCGGCGCUACGAGCCCGGGGACACCGUGCGCCAGCUCUGCAACCCGUGCGUGUGCAGGGACGGCCGCUGGCUCUGCGCGCAGGCGCCGUGCGCCGCCGAGUGCGCGGUGGGCGGGGACGGGCAUUACGUCACCUUCGAUGGGCGGAGCUUCGCCUUCCGCGGCAGUGCCGGUUGCCGCUUCAGCCUGGUGCAGGACUUGGCCAAGCAGAAGCUGCUGAUUGUACUGGAGCACGGGGACUGUGACGCUGGGAGCUGCCUCCACGCCAUCUCUGUCUCCCUGGGGGACACCCUUGUCCAGCUCAGGGACUCAGGAGCUGUGCUUGUUGACGGGCAGGAUGUGGCCUUGCCCUGGAGUGCAGCUGGGGGCCUCAGUGUCUCCCGGGCCUCCUCCUCUUUCCUGCUGCUGCGCUGGCCUGGUGCCCACAUCCUCUGGGGAGUGUCCGAUGCUGCAGCCUACAUCACCCUGGAUCCCCGCCACGCCCACCAGGUGCAGGGUCUGUGUGGCACCUUCACCCGGAAUCAGCAGGAUGACUUCCUGACCCCUGCUGGUGAUGUGGAGACCAGUAUCACCGCCUUUGCUAGCAAGUUCCAGGUGGCAGGCGGGGGAACAUGCUCCUUGGAGGCCAGCACCCCGCUCUCCCCCUGCAGCACCCACACUGAGCGCCAGGUUUUUGCGGAGGUAGCCUGUGCCAUCCUGCACGGCCCAGCCUUCCAGGAGUGCCACGGGCUGGUGGACAGGGAGCCGUUCCACCUGCGCUGCUUGGCAGCUGUGUGUGGCUGCGCCCCUGGCCGGGACUGCCUGUGCCCGGUGCUCGCGGCCUAUGCUCGGCGCUGUGCCCAGGAGGGUGCCCUGCCUUCCUGGAGAAACCGGACCUUCUGCGCUGUCUUGUGUCCUGGUGGCCAGGAGUACCAGGAGUGUGCCCCAGCAUGUGGUCGCAACUGUGGGGAGCCCAAAGACUGUGGGGAGCUGGACAGCUGUGUGGCCGGCUGUAAUUGCCCCCUGGGGCUGCUGUGGGACCCCGAGGGCCAGUGUGUGUCCCCCAACUUGUGCUCCUGCCAGCUUGGGGCCCAUCGCUAUGCCCCUGGCAGUGCCGCUAUGAAGGACUGCAACCACUGUGUCUGCCAGGAGAGGGGCCUCUGGAACUGCACUGCUCACCACUGCGCUCCGCCCCGGGCCUUCUGCCCCCGUGGGCUCGUCUACGUCCCUGGAGCCUGCCUCCUCACCUGUGACAGUCCUGACGCUGACCACCCCUGCACCCCAGGCAGCCCUGGGGGCUGUGUCUGCCCCCCAGGCACCGUGCUGCUGGAGGAGCGCUGCGUGCCUCCUGAGCUCUGUCCCUGUCGUCACGGCGGCCAGUGGUACCUGCCCAACGCUACAAUCCAGGAGGACUGCAACCUGUGCGUGUGCCAGGGUCGGCAGUGGCACUGCACGGGCCAGCGGUGUGACGGACGGUGCCGGGCGUCAGGCGCCCCUCACUAUGUGACAUUCGACGGGCUGGCCCUCACCUUCCCUGGGGCCUGCGAGUACCUGCUGGUGCGAGAGGCGAGCGGCCAGUUCACGGUCUCCGCCCAAAACCUGCCCUGCGGGGCCAGCGGCCUCACCUGCACCAAGGCGCUGACUGUGCGGCUGCAGGGCACUGUUGUGCACAUGCUCAGAGGCAGGGCAGUGACGGUGAAUGGGGUGAGUGUCACGCCCCCCAAGGUCUACUCGGGCCCCGGGCUGAGCCUGCGCCCCGCCGGCCUCUUCCUGCUCCUCAGCACCCGUGUGGGUCUCACCCUGCUCUGGGAUGGAGGCACCCGGGUCCUGGUGCAGCUGUCACCCCAGCUCCGCGGCCGGGUGGCUGGCCUGUGCGGAGACUUCGAUGGAGACGCCAGUAACGACCUUCGGAGCCGCCAGGGGGUCCUGGAGCCCACCACUGAACUGGCCGCCCACUCCUGGCGCCUCAGGCCUCUCUGCCCGGAGCCGGGGGACCUGCCGCACCCCUGUGCGGUGAAUGCCCACCGGGCCGGUUGGGCCCGCACCCGCUGCGGGCUGGUGUUGCAACCACUCUUUGCCCGGUGCCACGCGGAGGUGCCCCCGCAGCAAUACUAUGAGCGGUGUGUGUAUGAUGCCUGCGGCUGCGAUUCGGGGGGCGACUGUGAGUGUCUCUGCUCGGCCAUCGCCACCUAUGCAGACGAGUGUGCUCGGCACGGGAUCCACGUGCGCUGGCGCAGCCAGGAGCUCUGCCCUCUGCAGUGUGAGGGGGGCCAGGUGUAUGAGGCCUGUGGCCCCACGUGCCCCGCCACAUGCCACGACCACAGUCCCGAGCCUGGGUGGCCCUGCCGGGCCGUCGCCUGUGUGGAGGGCUGCUUCUGCCCCGAGGGGACUCUGCUGCAUGGAGGUGUCUGCCUGGAGCCGGCUGCCUGCCCUUGCGAGUGGGGGGGCAGCUUCUUCCCACCGGGCACAGUAUUGCAGAAGGACUGUGGCAACUGCACGUGCCGGGAAAGUCAGUGGCUUUGUGGAGAUGACGGCGGCCGCUGUGCGGAGCCUGAGCCUGGCUGUGCGGAGGGAGAGAUCCCCUGCCAGGAGAGCGGGCACUGUGUGCCCCACAGGUGGCUCUGUGACAACCAGGAUGACUGUGGCGAUGGCUCAGAUGAGGAGGGCUGUGCCACCCCGGGCUGUGGGGAGGGGCAGGUGUCUUGCAGCUCCGGCCGCUGCCUGCCCCUGGCCCUGCUUUGCGAUGGGCAGGACGACUGUGGAGAUGGGACGGAUGAGCAGGCCUGCCCGUGCCCCCAGGACUCGCUGGCCUGUGCCGAUGGGCGCUGCCUGCCCCCGGCCCGGCUCUGUGAUGGGCACCCCGACUGUCCGGACGCUGCUGACGAGGAGUCUUGCCUGGGGCAAGUGGACUGCGCCCCUGGGGAGGUAUCCUGCGUCGAUGGUACCUGUCUGGGGGUCAUCCGGCUGUGUGACGGAGUCUGGGACUGUCUGGACGGAGCCGACGAAGGGCCUGGGCACUGCCCCCUCCCCUCUCUGCCCACUCCUCCCGCUGGUACCUUGCCUGGCCCCUCUGCUGUCUCCUGGGAUUUGCGCCUACCCCCCUGGCCAGUGUCGGCCCUGGUGAGCCUCCGGGAGGAAAGGGGCUUAGAAAGCUGGCAUCUGGAGGCCUGGGAAGGAGGGAACAGGGUCUCAGGGGGAGACCUAGGGGCACAAGAGGGGCUGCGGGCCCCAGGAGGCCCCAACCAGACAGGGCUUCCCUGCCCAGAAUACUCCUGCCCGGAUGGCCUCUGCAUCGGUUUCCAGCAGGUGUGCGACGGGCAGCCCGACUGUGAGCUGGCGGGGAUGCCAGGGCCCUCCCCGGAAGAGCAGGGCUGUGGGGCCUGGGGGCCCUGGAGCCCCUGGGGGCCCUGCAGCCAGACCCAGACGUGUGGGCCAGGGGCGCAGGGCCGGAGUCGCCACUGCUCGCCCCCGAGCCUCCCGGUGCUGCGGCACUGCCCUGGCCCGGAGCGCCAGACUCGGGCCUGCUUCGUGGCCGCCUGCCCAGAGGACGGUGCAUGGACCUCCUGGUCACCCUGGUCCCCGUGCUCUGAGCCAUGCGGGGGCGUCACGGCUCGCCACCGGGAGUGCCACCCGCCCCAGAACGGGGGCCGGGCCUGUGCCAUGCUGCCCGGGGGCCCUCCCAGCACCCGGGAGACCCGGCCCUGCCCUCAGGACGGCUGCCCCAACAUCACCUGCUCCGGGGAACUGGUGUUCCAUGCCUGCGCCCCUUGCCCUUUGACCUGUGAUGACAUCUCUGGUCAGGCCUUGUGCCCCCCUGACCGGCCCUGCGGCGGCCCAGGCUGCUGGUGCCCUGCGGGGCAGGUGCUGGAUGCCCGGGGGCAGUGCGUGUGGCCGCGGCAGUGCCUGUGCCUGGUGGACGGCGGCCGCUACUGGCCCGGGCAGCGCGUCAAGACCGACUGCCAGCUCUGCGUCUGCCAGGACGGGAGGCCCCGGCGCUGCCGGCCCAGCCCAGACUGCACGGUGAACUGUGGCUGGUCAGCGUGGUCCCCCUGGGCUGAGUGCCUGGGCCCCUGUGGGAGCUGGAGCGUCCAGUGGUCCUUCCGGAGUCCCAACAACCCCCGCCCGGCCGGUCGAGGGCACCAGUGCCGGGGCCUCCACNGCAGUAAGGGUGGGGCGGGGCAGUGCGUAGAGGUCAGAAUUAUGGGCGGCAGCUGAUGGAGCGGGCAGGUGGCCAGUUUCGUCCAGCCUGGCUCUUGCCCGCAGGACUGGGUUCUGGUGGAGGCAGUGGGGGAGUCAUGUUGCCGCUGCGUGCCUCCUGGAGAGAACCAGACGGUCCACCCCAUGGCCACUCCCGUGCCUGCUCCGACCCCUAGCCCUCAAAUCGGAGCCUCUCUGAUCACCUACGUUCUGCCUCCCCCCGGAGAUCCCUGCUAUUCUCCCCUGGGCCUGGCCCGACUUCUCGAGGGGAGCCUGCCUGCUUCGUCCCAGCAGCUGGAGCACCCCGCCUGGGCUGCCAUCUUGAGGCCUGCCCUGGGAGUGCCCGGUUGGAGCCCCAUGGAGCACGCUGAUACUCAAGAGCACACCCCGCCUCCCUACCUGCAGCUUGACCUGCUCCAGCCCAGGAACCUCACCGGCAUCAUAGUGCAGGGGGCUGGGUCCUUAGACUGGCUCCAGGUCAGCAGUGAUGGUCUACAUUGGCACAGCUAUCGUGACAUCCGGCCUGGUAUUCAGCCCGCACCCCAGCUUUUCCCCGAGAACUGGGAUGGCGCCUCCACAGUGUGGACGUUUGCCCGGAUGGUGCAGGCACAGCACGUCCGGGUGUGGCCUUCCGAUGGGCACCACCAGGCUAACCCCCGCAGUGAUGCCAACCCGGGCGGCCCCCUGCGGGUGGAGCUGCUGGGCUGUGAGCCAGCGCCCCUGUGCCCAGGGGUUGGGCACCGCUGUGCUGGUGGCGAGUGUGCCCCCAGGGGGGCCCCGUGCGAUGGUGUGAAGGACUGCGAGGAUGGCUCUGAUGAGGAGGGCUGCAUGCCGCUGCCUGCAGGCGCCAGCAGAAUCGAGUCCACAGCCUGGAGCUCCAUGCCCUCCUCUGCCCAGCCUGGACAGCUGCCCCCUCAGCCCAGCAAGGGUCUGGCAGAAGCAGAGGCUGACCACUGGCAUCCCGGGCGGGGGUCACCCGUGCCUCCCACAGGCAAGGGGCCAGUGAGUCUCGGGUCCGAGCCUCACCCAAGUCCUGGGAGAUCUGCGCAGAUUGCAACCCCCAGCCCCACCUCCCAGCCGGAGGCCCAGGCCCUGAAACCAGAAAUGGCAGCUGUGACGGUGCUCCCCCUGCACCCGAUGAUGACGCCCGAGGUCCCUGCUGGACGGAGCACCGCCCUGGGGCCCUUCCCGCCUGUGCGGUGCAGCCCAGGCCAGGCGCCCUGCGAGGUCCUGGGCUGCGUGGAGCUGGAGCAGCUGUGUGAUGGACGGGAGGACUGUCUGGAUGGCUCUGAUGAGAGGCCCUGCGCACGGGCAGCGGGCACCGUGCCCUUCACCGUGCCCACCACCGCCUCGCCGGGGCUGCCGGCCUCCAGGGGCCUCUGCUCGCCGAGCCAGCUGACCUGCGGCAGUGGGGAGUGUCUGCCCGCCGAGCGGCGCUGCGACCUGCAGCCUGACUGCCACGACGGCUCGGACGAGGACGGCUGUGUAGACUGUGGCCUGGCGCCCUGGUCUGGCUGGAGCAGCUGCAGCCAUAGCUGCGGCCUGGGCCUCGCCUUCCAGCGCCGGGAGCUGCUGCGGCCGCCCCUGCCCGGGGGCAGCUGCCCGCCGGACCGGCUCCGCAGCCAGCCCUGCUUCGUGCAGGCCUGCCCAGUGGCUGGGGCGUGGGCUGAGUGGGAUGCCUGGGGGCCCUGCAGCGUCUCGUGUGGGGGCGGCCAUCGGAGUCGUCGGAGAAGCUGUGUGGACCCCCCGCCCAAGAAUGGUGGUACCCCCUGCCCCGGGGCCCCCCAGGAGAGGGCACCCUGCGGCCUGCAGCCCUGUGCAGGAGGCACAGACUGCGGGCAGGGCCUCGUGCAUGUGAGUUCUGAGCUGUGCCGGAAGGGGCUGGUGCCACCGUGCCCACCCUCCUGCCUGGAGGGGGCCCUGCUCUGUCAACCAGGGGGCUGCCCUGUGCCCUGCGGCUGGUCAGCCUGGUCGUCCUGGGGUCCCUGCGACCGCUCCUGUGGCUCUGGCCUGAGGGCCCGGUUCAGGUCCCCCUCCAACCCUCCGGCUGCUUCGGGGGGCGCCCCGUGUGAGGGCCAGAGGCAGGAGCUGCAGGCUUGCUACUCGGCAUGCGGGGCAGAUGUGCCGGGCUGGACACCCUGGGCUCCUUGGUCCACCUGCUCCCAGAGCUGCCUAUUCCCUGGAGGGGGCCCAGGCCUGCGCAGCCGUUCCCGGCUCUGCCCCGGACCCGGGGACACAUCCUGCCCAGGAGAGGCCACCCAGGAGGAGCCCUGCAGCCCCCCUGUGUGCCCAGGGCUGGGUGUCUGGGGUCAGUGGGCCACCUGGUCCACCUGCUCCGCCCCCUGUGAUGGGGGCGUCCAAACCCGAGGGCGCAACUGCUCUGCCCCAGCUCCUGGGGACCCUGAGUGCCAGGGACCCCACAGCCAGACCAGGGACUGCAACACACAGCCCUGCACAGCCCAGUGCCCAGGUGACAAGGUGUUCCGCUCAGCAGAGCAGUGCCGUCGGGAGGGGGGCCCGUGUCCUGGGCUGUGCCUGGCGCGGGGCCCUGGGGUGGAGUGCACCGGCGUUUGCACCGCUGGCUGCGCCUGCCCCGCGGGCCUCUUCCUGCACAACAGCAGCUGCCUGCCUCCAAGUCAGUGCCCCUGCCAGCUGCGUGGGCAGCUCUAUGCCCCCGGAGCAGUGGCCCGGCUGGACUCCUGCGGCAACUGCACCUGUAUCUCUGGUGAGAUGGUGUGUACCUCGGAGCCCUGCCCAGUGGCCUGUGGCUGGAGCCCCUGGACCCCGUGGAGUCUCUGCAGCCGCAGCUGUAAUGUGGGCGUUCGGCGGCGCUUCCGGGCGGGCACGGCUCCCCCAGCUGCCUUCGGGGGCGCUGCGUGCCAGGGCCCCAACAUGGAAGCCGAAUUCUGCAGCCUGCGGCCGUGCGGAGGUCCUGGUGGGGAGUGGGGCCCCUGGUCUCCGUGCUCUGUGCCCUGUGGGGGCGGCUACCGGAAUCGCACCCGAAGGAGUGGCGGGCCCAGCCCCGUGGACUUCUCCACCUGUGGCCUGCAGCCCUGUGCAGGGCCAGUGCCCGGCGUGUGUCCCCCGGGCAAGCAGUGGCUGGACUGUGCCCAAGGGCCUGCGUCCUGUGCAGAGCUCGGCGCCCCGAGAGGGGCUGACCAGCCCUGCCACCCUGGCUGCUACUGCCCUUCUGGGAUGCUUCUGCUGAACAACAUGUGCGUGCCCACCCGGGACUGCCCCUGCACCCACGGGGGACGCCUCUACCCCCCAGGCAGUGCUGUGCUUCGUCCGUGUGAGAACUGCUCCUGUGUCUCUGGGCUCAUCACUAACUGCACCUCCUGGCCCUGUGAGGAGGGUCAGCCCACGUGGUCACCCUGGACCCCAUGGAGUGAGUGCUCGGCCUCUUGUGGCCCAGCCCGGCGCCAUAGACACCGCUUCUGCACCGGGCCCCCCGGCGGGGUGCCGUCCAGCGUGGCCCCGCUGCCCCUGCUGGCUUCGGCGCCCCCUCUUUGCCCAGGCCCUGAGGCAGAGGAGGAGCCCUGCCUCCUGCCAGAGUGUGACCGAGCUGGAGGCUGGGGCCCUUGGGGACCCUGGUCCGGCUGUAGCCGGAGCUGUGGUGGGGGUCUCCAGAGCCGGACCCGAGCCUGUGACCAGCCCUCACCCCAGGGCCUGGGGGAUUACUGCGAGGGGCCUCGGGCCCAGGGGGCAGCCUGCCAGGCUCUGCCGUGCCCAGUGACCAACUGCACCGCCAUCGACGGGGCGGGGUACAGCGCCUGUGGCCCUCCCUGCCCUCGCUCCUGCGAUGACCUCGUGCACUGCGUUUGGCGCUGCCAGCCCGGCUGUUACUGCCCCCCAGGCCAGGUGCUGAGUGCUGACGGCACCGUCUGCGUGCAGCCCGCUCACUGCAGCUGCCUGGACCUGCUAACUGGGGAGCGGCACCGUCCAGGCGCCCAGCUGGCCAAGGCUGAUGGCUGCAACUACUGCACCUGCUCCGAGGGCCAGCUCACCUGCACAGACCUGCCUUGCCCAGUGCCUGGCGCCUGGUGCCCGUGGUCGGAGUGGACAGCGUGCUCGCAGCCCUGCCGGGCCCAGACGAGGACCCGCUCCAGGGCCUGCAGCUGCCCGGCACCGCAGCAUGGCGGGGCCCCGUGCCUCGGGGAGGCGGGGGCCCAGCAUCAGAGGGAGACCUGCGCCAGCCCCCCCGAGUGCCCAGUGGAUGGAGCCUGGAGCCUGUGGGGACCGUGGUCUCCCUGUGACGUGUGCCUGGGGCAGUCCCAUCGCAGCCGAGCAUGUAGCUGGCCCCCCACCUCCGAGGGAGGCCGGCCCUGCCCUGGGGCCCACAGGCAGAGUCGCCCCUGCCAGGGCAAUUCCACUCAGUGCACGGACUGUGCAGGUGGCCAGGGUCUUCUCCCCUGUGGGCAGCCCUGCCCCCGCUCCUGCGAGGACCUGUCCCCCGGGGUCAUGUGCCAGCCAGACUCGAUGGGCUGCCAGCAGCCCAGCUGUGGGUGCCCCCCAGGCCAGCUGUCCCAGGACGGCCUUUGUGUGGCCCCUGCCCAGUGCCGCUGCCAGUACCAGCCUGGAGCCAUGGGGAUCCCUGAGAACCAGAGCCACACCGUGGGGUCUGGGCUCAGCUCCUGGGAGAGCCUGGAGCCUGGUGAGGUGGUGACGGGGCCUUGUGACAACUGCACCUGUGUGGCAGGCAUCCUGCAGUGCCAGGAGGUGCCCGCCUGCCCCGGGCCAGGGCUGUGGGGCUCCUGGGGCCCCUGGGAGGACUGCAGCGUCUCCUGUGGUGGAGGGGAGCAGCUGCGCUCCCGCCGCUGCCCGCGGCCCCCCUGCCCGGGGCCUGCCCGCCAGAGCCGUACCUGCCGCACUCAGGUCUGCAGAGAGGCAGGCUGUCCGGCCGGGCGUCUGUACCGUGAAUGCCAGCCGAGCGAGGGGUGCCCCUUCUCAUGCGCCCACAUCACCGGGUUGGUGGGCUGCUUCUCUGCUGGAUGUGAGGAGGGCUGUCACUGCCCUGAGGGCACCUUCCUGCACCACUCGGCCUGUAUCCAGGAGUGCCCCUGUGUGCUCACUGCCUUGCGGCUGCAGCAGCUAAAAGCUACUGGCACUGACCCAGGGGCUCACCUGUCUCUUCUGGGAGAGGAUGGUCAGCCUCUUGGGCCUGGCGAUGAGUUGGGCUCGGGUCAGAGCCUCCGUACAGGCUGCCACAACUGCUCCUGUGCACACGGGAAGCUGUCCUGCUCCGUGGGGGACUGCUCCAAGGCUGCUGGUGGCUUUGGUCCCUGGGGUCCAUGGGGCUCCUGCUCCCGCUCCUGUGGCGGGCUGGGCACCCGCACCCGCAGCCGCCAGUGUAUGCACCCCACACCCACUCCCAGUGGCCAGGGCUGCCGCGGGCCGCGCUGGGACCUCGAGUACUGCCCCAGCCCGGAGUGCCCAGGGGCUGCAGGGUCCACAGUGGAGCCAGCGACAGGCCUUCCAGGUGGCUGGGGCCUGUGGUCCCCAUGGUCCCCCUGCUCCGGCACCUGCACAGACCCGGCUCACCCUGCUUGGCGCAGCCGCAGCCGCCUCUGCCUGGUGAACUGCACUGGGGGUGACGCUUCCCAGGAGCGCCCCUGCAACUUGCCCUCCUGCACAGAGCUGCCCCUGUGCCCGGGCGCCGGCUGCAUGCCCGGGAACUGUUCCUGGACCGCCUGGGCCCCAUGGGAGCCAUGCUCCCGCAGCUGUGGGGCAGGCCAGCAGCGCCGCCUGCGGGCCUACCACCCCCCAGGGCCUGGCGGACACUGGUGCCCCGACGUGCUUACAGCCUACCAGGAACGCCGCUUCUGCAACCUGCGAGCUUGCCCAGUGCCUGGAGGCUGGUCACGCUGGAGUCCCUGGUCCUGGUGCGACCGGAGCUGCGGAGGGGGCCGGUCCCUGAGGAGCCGCAGCUGCUCGAGCCCCCCACCCAAGAACGGGGGUGCCCCCUGUGUUGGGGAGAGGCACCACGCACGGCUCUGCAAUCCUGCGCCCUGUGGGUCUCCACAGGAGCCCAGGUCUCCCUGGGCACCAGCCUGGGGGAGGGACUGCCCUGUCUCCUGCGGAGGCGGAAACCAGGUCCGCACCCGGGUCUGCGUGGCCUCAGCCCCUCCCCUCGGGGGCUCCCCCUGCCUGGGCCCCGACGCCCAGAGCCAGCACUGCGGGCAGCAGCCUUGCCUGACAUUGCCGGACGCCUGCUCCUGGGGCCCCUGGGGGCCAUGCUCCCGCAGCUGCGGCCCGGGUCUGGCCUCCCGCUCUGUGUCCUGCCCCUGCCCGCUGGCCGAGGCCGACCCCACCUGCAACGGCACCUCCCCACGCCUGGACACCCAGGCCUGCUACGCAGGGCCCUGCCUGGGUGAGUCCUGCCUGCCUCUCCCUGCAGAGGACAGCUGCAUGCCUCCCUUCGAGUUCCAGGCCUGUGGCUCCCCCUGCACUGGACUCUGUGCCACAUACCUGAGCCCUCAGCUCUGCCAGGACCUGCCGCCCUGUCAGCCUGGCUGCUACUGCCCUGAGGGGCUGCUGGAGCAGGCUGGAGGCUGCGUACCUCCAGAACAGUGUAACUGCCAGCACGUCUCAGAAGGAACUGGGGUGACCCUGGCCCCCGGGGACCGCCUGCAGCUAGGCUGCAAAGAGUGUGAAUGCCAGCGCGGGGAGCUACAGUGCACCAGCCAAGGCUGUCAAGACUUAUGUCAGUGGGGUCCCUGGGGGGCCUGGAGCCCCUGCCAGGUGCCCUGCAGCGGGGGAUUCCGGCUGCGUUGGAGAGAGGCCGGGAGCCCCCCUGGAGGAGGCUGCCGGGGGCCAUGGGCUCAGACUGAGAGCUGUAACAUGGGGCCUUGCCCAGGAGAGAGCUGUGAGGCCCAGGACACCGUGCUUACCCCUGACUGUGCCAACCAGUGCCCGAGGAGCUGUGCCGACCUCUGGGACCGCGUGGAGUGUCUGCAAGGACCCUGCCGCCCAGGCUGCCGCUGUCCCCCCGGCCAGCUGGUACAGGACGGGCACUGUGUGCCCGUGUCUUCUUGCCGCUGCGGCCUCCCCAGCCCCAAUGCUUCCUGGGCGCUGGCCCCAGCCGAGGUGGUGCAGCUGGACUGCAGAAACUGCACCUGUGUCAACGGGUCCCUGGCGUGCCCCUCCCACGAGUGCCCAGCCCUCGGGCCCUGGUCAGCCUGGAGCAGUUGCUCUGCUCCCUGUGGUGGGGGCACCACGGAGCGACAUCGGAGCUGCAAGGAGGGCCCCCAGGGGGCACCGUGCCAGACCCAGGACACAGAGCAACGGCAGGACUGUAACCUGCAGCCCUGCCCUGAGUGCCCACCCGGCCAGGUCCUCAGUGCCUGCGCUGUCUCGUGCCCACGCCUCUGUGCGCAUCUGCAGCCUGGCACCCCCUGCGUGCAGGAACCCUGCCAGCUUGGCUGUGACUGCCCCGGAGGGCAGCUGCUGCACAAUGGCACGUGUGUGCCCCCUGCCGAGUGCCCCUGCAGCCAGCUCUCUCUGCCCUGGGGCCUCACCUUGACUCUUCAGGAGCAGGCCCACGAGCUGCCCCCAGGGACUCUGCUCACCCAGAACUGCACCCACUGCGUCUGCCAAGGUGGAGCCUUCAGCUGCUCCCUCGCUGACUGUCAGGAGUGCCCCCCCGGAGAAACGUGGCAGCAGGCAGCCCCCGGGGAGCUGGGGCCCUGCGAGCAGACAUGCCGGGAACCCAACGCCACAGAGACCCAGGGCAACUGCAGUGGGAGGCAGGCCCCGGGCUGUGUGUGCCAGCGCGGGCACUUCCGCAGCCAGGAGGGUCCCUGCGUGCCCGCGGACCUCUGCGAGUGCUGGCGCCAUGGGCGCCCCCACCCGCCGGGAUCUGAAUGGCAGGAGGCCUGUGAGAGCUGCCGCUGUGUCAGCGGGGAGAGUAUCUGCACCCAGCACUGCCCCCCGCUCACCUGUGCCCAGGGCGAGGUGGCCGUGCAGGAGCCCGGGACCUGCUGUCCCACUUGCCGCCAGGAGGCUCCAGAGGAACAGCCCGUCUCCUGCCGGCACCUCACGGAGCUUCGCAACCUCACCAAGGGUGCCUGCUACUUGGAGCAGGUGGAAGUGAGCUAUUGCAGUGGGCACUGCCCAUCCAGCACCAAUGUCCUGCCUGAGGAACAGCCCGUCUCCUGCCGGCACCUCAUGGAGCUUCGCAACCUCACCAAGGGUGCCUGCUACUUGGAGCAGGUGGAAGUGAGCUACUGCAGCGGGCACUGCCCAUCCAGCACCAAUGUCCUGCCUGAGGAGCCCUGUGUCAUCCUGACUCCCCCAGCCCUGAGCCUGGAGAGCUGUGGCUCCCACCUGGCCAAUGUCUAG